CUGUAUUGAACAUAUAAUGACAGUGAAAUUAUAUAGCAAUAUAAUACAUAGAAAUCAAUUAUAAACCAUCAGCUGCGUUGUGUAUACAUGUAUACUAGACUAGUCCAAUGAGAUCACUGAUUGGCUAAUAACAACCGGCUGUAUGGCAUUUAAAGGAAAGUUGUUUUCAUGAGAAUUCAAAUCACUCACAUCUACUAAAUAGCUAUAAGAACAAACAAAUGCAAUAGAUUCAAGAAUUUAAAGAUUUAGUAGUAUAUAAUAGAGACAACUAAGAUAAAGAACUAGGAUAAAAUUAGAAACUUUCUUCAAACAGAGGAUAUAUUCAGAGAGGAUCAUCAAUACUUGGAUUUUAACUGAAGUAAACAAAUCACUGAGAUAUUAACAGAAUAAAGUAUAGAAAGUAAGCAUACUAAGCAUGCCCCGAAAACUGAAAGCCAUUUUUGGCCUUGGGGCUGGACGGCAGAACCGUGGAAAAAUUCCUGAUGACAAUGAUAUGAAUGAAGGAGCACCUUUUGAUCCAAAUAAGGACUAUGCAGUAGAAUAUUUCAACUCCAAGGCUCCAACUAGUGGUAAACAUAAUUGGACUAGAGGUGGACAUGAAACAAAAGUUAUUGAAACAGUCAGUAAAUUUGAACUUGAUUUGGAAGAUGGAAAAGUUGCCAAUUUUGUCGAGGGUGAUAAGAGAAAUGUAGCAGAUGACAUUGUUAGCACUGGAUCAAGUCGUGUGAGCCCCAGGUCAAGAGGAACAUUUGAUGACACAAUCAGUGGAGAAACAGAUCAACAGCAACAUGCUGUUAUUGAAGUACAUAAUGAUGAUGUAUUGCCAAAACUAGUAUCUAAACCGGGAUCCUCGCAGAGUAUUGAUGCAAUGAAGCCACCUUCUAACAGUACACCAGUUGAUGAUUAUGAAAGCAUUGCUCAAAGCACUUCACCAUACAUCAGUGUCAUAGAUGAUGUCAAAGGAUCUGUAUCAGAAAUGAUUCCAAAGCAUAUUAAUAUUGAUGAUAAGGUACACAACAUGUCAUUUCAUGAGAAACAGACCACAACACCUGAUUUACAGCAUGGGGAAAUCAACUUGAAUAAAGUUGAGAAUGUAAAACAUGGUGAUUCCAGCAAAGGUGCAUAUCAUAUUACUUCCAUAGAUUUAAGAGGCAACACAUCCAAGAUCUUAAAAAGUGGAGCUAUUCAUUCCGCAUCAUCAAACAGUGUGAUAGCAUCUACUUCAAAUUAUCAGGGGCAACAGUCAAUUCCAGACCAACCUCCAAAAGGCCCCAAAGAGGCAUCAGAGAGAGAAAUAAGUAAUAGUUUACAGGGACCAUCUGUGAAGGACAAAAUGGACACAGUUGUGGAUAUGAGCUCAAAAAAUAGCUUCGGGAAUUCAAACCCAAAUGAUGAAGUAAAUAUUAAAUCUGAGAUGCAGCGUCUAAUGCUUGAGAUGUUGACCACAGAAAAUACUGUGCCAGACAAUGGAAGUGUUAAUAAAAAUAUAAACAACUCAAACAAUAUCAUGGAUACUUUUGAUGAGGACAUCUCAGUCCCUAAAGCUUCAGCAAUAACUGUAAAUAGUUCAUCUGUCAGUGACAUUAGUGGUGACUGUGUGCCAAGAGAAAGAGAUCUGGGAAGAAGACUAGAAGGUUCCCCACACAAAGUUGAAAUCAUUGAUACAAAGAAUGUUCAAGUGUCAGGGGCAGGGCUUCAGUCAGUUGCGUGUGGAAGGCCAGCCUUUUUUAAGAUUGACACCCAUGGGGCAGGGCCUGGUGACAU